GGUUUGGUCUUCGUCGUUGGGCGGACAUAAAAGGGAGAGAGGGUGCUAAGCUUUGAGUUGGUGAAUUAGUUAAAAGGGAUUUUUUUCUUCUUUACUAUAUUUUCAUUGCUCAAACUCUCUCAACUAGUAAAAAAAACUUACAACAAAUUCUUAAGGUAAGAGAGAUUUUCCAUGUGCAGUGGUUCAAAGAGGAAAGUUGUUCUUGCUGAAGAGGUUAUGGAGGGUGAGGUUUUUAAGAUUGAUUCAGUUGAAGAACAACAAAACUCUUCAGUGUUGCUUGAAUUAUCAGCAACAAAUGAUUUAAGCAGUUUUAAGUUUGCAGUAGAGAAAGAGGGUUAUGAUGUUGAUGAAGAAGGUCUUUGGUAUGGGAGGAGAGUUGGGUCUAAGAAGAUGGGUUUUGAAGAGAGAACACCUUUGAUGGUUGCUGCCAUGUUUGGUAGCAAGGAUAUAUUGAACUAUAUCCUUCAAACUGGCCGUGUCGAUGUCAAUCGAGCUAGUGGGUCUGAUGGUGCCACAGCCCUCCACUGUGCAGCGGCGGGAGGUUCGUUGUAUUCACAUGAGGUGAUCAAGCUAUUGGUUGAAUCAUCUGCUGAUGUUAACCGAGUUGAUGCAAAUGGAAACCGGCCUUGUGAUGUUGUUGCUCCUAGCUUCAGUUUUUCGUCGAAACUGAAGAGGAGGACGCUCGAUGUUCUGUUGAAUAAGGGUGAUCAAGGUGAAGAAGGAGGUGAUCAAAUAGAAGAGGGGCAGCAGCAGCAACAGCAUGAGGGUUUAUCUCCUAAAUCCUCAAGUGAUGGGAGUGGAUCGGAGAGGAAAGAAUAUCCUAUUGAUCCAUCUCUCCCUGAUAUUAAGAAUGGAAUUUAUGGGACUGAUGAGUUUAGGAUGUACACCUUUAAGGUGAAGCCUUGCUCUAGGGCUUACUCUCAUGAUUGGACCGAGUGCCCGUUUGUACAUCCUGGGGAGAACGCAAGGAGGCGGGAUCCACGGAAGUACCAUUACAGCUGUGUCCCAUGCCCGGAAUUCCGAAAAGGCUCGUGUCCUAAGGGAGAUGUGUGCGAGUACGCACAUGGAAUCUUCGAGUGCUGGCUGCAUCCAGCCCAAUACCGGACCCGUCUUUGCAAAGAUGAAACCAGCUGUACGAGACGGGUGUGCUUCUUUGCACACAAGCAAGAGGAGCUUCGCCCGUUAUAUGCCUCUACUGGCUCAGCUGUUCCUUCUCCUAGGUCAUAUUCACAGAAUGGCCCUUCAUUUGAUAUGGGUUCACUGAGCCCCCUUGCUCUUGGUUCCCCCUCUAUGUUGAUGCCUUCAACUUCCACGCCACCAAUGACUCCAACUGGUGCUUCUUCUCCCAUUGGAGGAGCUUCUGCUUGGCAAAAUCACCUUAAUAUCACACCUCCUCCUGCCCUGCAGCUCCCUGGUAGCAGGUUAAAGGCUGCACUAAGUGCAAGGGAUAUGGACUUUGAGGCUGGAUUUCGCCGGCAGCAGUUAUUGGACGAGCUUGCUGGCCUCUCUCUCUCCUCCCCAUCAAGCUGGAACGGGGAGUUGGGAAGGCUUGGUGGUCUCUCCCUCUCUUCUCCCACUGGGGUCCAAAUGCGCCAGAACAUGAACCAGCAGCUCCUUUCGAGCUAUUCUUCUGGCCUGCCUUCCUCCCCUGUGAGAGGUUCAUCUUUUGGACUUGAACAAAGUGGUUCACCCGUUUCAAACCCAAGACUGGCUGCUUUUGCUAACAGGAGUCAGAGCUUCAUCGACAGAAACACAGUCAACCGGCUUUCUAAUGGUGGUGGGAUGCCUUAUCAUUCUUCAGAUUGGGGUUCACCAGAUGGUAAAGUGGACUGGGGUGUUCAAGGAGACGAGCUCAAUAAGCUGAGAAAAUCCGCUUCAUUUGCUUUUCGAAACAAUGGUAGUAAUUCCGGCCCAAUGAGGAAUGCUGUUAAUGAGCCUGAUGUUUCUUGGGUUCAUUCUCUUGUAAAGGAUGCUCCACCUGCAACUUCAGCUCAGCUUGGUUUUGAAGAGCAGCUGAAAGAACAGUAUCAUCUUAACAGUGGUAUGGACAGGAUCCCGCCGUGGGUUGAGCAAUUGUACAUGGAUCAGGAACCAAUGGUGGCUUAAUCACCAAUCUUAACAUUCAAUUUUAGUUUCUUAAUUACUCAAGAUUUUAGUGCUUAUCUUACCAAUUAGUAGGUUGAACAAAAUCAAUACAAAAUUUCAAGAUCGCGCGCACCCGAAGGGAAGUAAGCUGAAGAUUGGGCAGAGAAUAAGAAGAAUUCUGCUAAUACAUUCAAUAGGAAUUCCAGGAUAUUAUUACAAGUGAAAGUAUUCUUUUUUCUAAAUUAAUUUUAUUUAUGUUAUUUCAUAUUGUUUUCUUCUUUUGGUAUUAUUGGGAGUCUGGGAGAUGAAUUAUUAUCAGAAAAAAAAGGUUUUCUGCUUAAGGGUAGUUCCCAGUAUCUGCAUCCCUAGCUCCCUUAUGAAGAUGGAUGGCAACAGAAGAAGGAUCUACUGAUCAAUUUAUUUAUACAUUUUUACUCUGUAUUUUUUUUAUAUUAUACACAUGAUAUGUAUUCCUUUGAA